AUGAUUCAUGGGCCAUGCGGUUCUGUGAACAGUGGUUCGCCAUGUAUGCAAGAUGGGAAAUGCAGCAAAUUCUUUCCAAGAAAAAAUGUGGAAAAAACAACUGUUGAUGCCCAAGGUUAUCCAGUAUAUCGUAGAAGGGAUAACGGUGCUUUUAUAGAGAAGAAAGGCAUGGAGUGUGAUAACAGAUUUGUGGUCCCCUACAACAAAAAGCUCUUACUUGCCUACAAUGCACACAUCAAUGUCGAGUGGUGCAAUCAGUCUAGAUCUAUUAAGUACUUAUUCAAGUACAUUAAUAAAGGACAAGACCGUAUUACAGGAACUGUUACACAGAGAAAUAGUUCCCAAGCACAGACCGAGUGUAACGGACCACAAACUGAGUUACGUGAUACCGUCGUUGGAGAUGUUACCGAGGAGCCAGCAGUUGAUGAAAUCAAGAACUAUUUCGAUGCGAGAUACAUAUCAACUUGCGAGUCUGCAUGGAGAAUCUUAGCCUUUCCAACGCAUUAUCGAUCUACACCUGUUGAGAAACUUACAUUCCAUCUAGAAGCAAGAGAACUGACAUAUGCUGAACUACCAACGAAAUUUGUCUAUGACGCGAAAAUAAAAGCAUGGAAUCCACGGAAAAAAGGAUUUGCUAUAGGGAGGUUGGCGCCUGUAUCUCCUUCUUCCGGGGAACUAUACUUUUUGAGGGUUUUACUCAAUAAGGUAAGAGGGCCAAAGUGUUAUGCUGAUAUUAAGACUGUUGAUGGCAUUGUUCAACCCAGUUAUGAAGAUGCAUGUUAUGCCCGUGGAUUGUUGGACGAUGACAAAGAGUAUAUUGAAGGUCUUAAAGAGAUUAGUUUCUGGGCAUCAUCCGGUUAUGUUCGAAAUUUUUUCGUCAAAAUGUUAUUAUCUGGUAGUUUAUCGUCGCCCAGAUUGGUAUGGGAAGCAACGAAAGAUUUGUUAUCUGAAGAUGUUCUUUACAAUGAAAGAAAGCGAAGAAACUAUCCUGGGCUAAUUUUGAGUGAGGAAGAGAUCUUAAACUGUACGUUAGUUUUGAUCGAAAACAUACUACGUACCAAAAACAGUUCGCUGAAUAAUUGGGAUACAAUGCCAAAACCAGCCGAGAGCUCACAAUCAUUCAUGGAAAAUCUUCUGAUACAAGAAGAGCUUAACUAUCCGAAAGCUGAAUUGCGUUCACAGCAUGAUGAAUGGAUUGUGAAAUUGACAGAUGAGCAAAGGUCAAUCUAUGAUCAGAUAAUUGGUGCUGUGCUUAACAGACAAGGCGGUGUUUUUUUUGUCUACGGCUUUGGAGGGACAGGAAAAACUUUUUUGUGGAAUAUCUUAUCAGCUGCUAUUCGAUCACGAGGCGAAAUUGUUCUGAAUGUCGCAUCAAGUGGUAUAGCAUCACUAUUACUGCCUGGUGGAAGAACUGCGCAUUCAAGAUUUGGCAUACCGAUCAAUCCCGAUGAGUUCUCGACUUGCAAGAUACAACCAGGUAGUAAUCAGGCUGAACUGAUAGCUAGAGCAUCUCUGAUUAUAUGGGAUGAAGCACCUAUGAUGAGUAAGCAUUGUUUCGAAGCUCUUGAUAAAACAAUGGCUGAUAUUAUGAAGAGUCCGGAGGGAACACCAUUCGGUGGUAAAGUAGUGGUUUUCGGAGGCGAUUUUCGACAGAUUCUACCCGUAAUUCCGAGAGGAUCUAGACCUGACAUUGUUUUGGCUACUCUUAAUUCUUCCUAUUUAUGGAAGCAUUGUAAGGUAUUGGAACUAACCAAAAACAUGAGGUUAAUGGCUGAAACUGAUCUGCAGCAGGCUGAAGAGAUAAAGACCUUCUCGAAAUGGAUACUGGAUUUAGGAAACGGGAAGAUCAAUGAACCAAAUACUGGGGAAACAAUGAUAGAAAUUCCAAAAGAUUUGUUGAUAAAGGAAUGCAAAGAACCAAUUGCAGCUAUUGUUACUGAAGUUUAUGGGAACACGUUCGAAGACUCGAAAGAUCCAGUUUUCUUCCAAGAGCGAGCUAUCUUAUGUCCCACCAACGCAGAUGUAGAAGUAAUUAACGACUAUAUGCUUGAUCGUCUAAAAGGUAUUUUCCCAUGUUAG